GACGGUUUAGACGACUUACGUCUAGGUGUACGAAAAGGUAUACAAAAAUUAUCUAUAUAGCCUUAAAUAUGCUAUAUUUUGACUAUAUUCACGAUUUUCUUCGACCACCUACUAAACUUCAUUUCAACUCAGUCAACUUCAAUUCUACUACUAGAACUGACAGUCCAGUUCAAAUAUACAGCAGGGUAAACUGAAGAAGUCUGAGCCGCUGUAGUUACACAUCUCCAGGCAGGUAGCAUGCACCUCCCAGGAAAAAGGAAGAGGAAAGGGAGAGACAUGAGAAGACACUAUGGUGGAAAGCAAGAUCGACAGCUGAGACAUGACAGAAUAAAUCCUCGCGCUGUAGACGACUUCGAGGGUGAAGUGUACAGUUCAAACCGGGGGUACUUCGGAGUUGUGAAUAAUCCGUCCUGGAAGCGAGAGCAUCAAUUUCCGACUUCACAUCUCCUGACGAUAGUCAUAGAAGAGCCCUUUCCCCUUUGUAUCGUGGCCCGCAAUAUUCUCCAGCAAAUGCCAUCAGUCAGUCAUCUGCAUUCGGGUCAUCGUUUACUCCCACCUUGUGCCGGUCCGAAGCUGGGUCCUUUCAAGCUUAAUCAUCAGCCUAUCACAUUCGAGAAACUCGUGUGGGAAGUCGGUUAAUAACAUCAUCCUGACCUAAGACUAUCGUCGACGGUAGGUGUC